AUGAAAAUGGGAGAUGGUAUAAAAAAUCAAAUAGGAAAACUUCAAUUACAAGGAUUCCUUCAUAAUAUUGCAGUUGAAUGUGGAAUUCCUGUUGAAGGGGGAAAAAUUACUAACCAUUCUGGAUGUAAAUCUUUAGUUUCUUUAUUAAAGGAAUUAAGUUUACAGAUAUUGAAGUUAUGUCAAUAUCCCGAUAUAAAUCUAUAA